AUGAGGAUGAUAAUGGUUAUGGAUGAGGAUGUUAAAGAUGUUGGUGUUGAUCUUGGCGUUGAGGGCAAGAGCAUCAUGGAAGACAUCAGAGGCAAGGAGGGUGUAGUUGAAGGAGGGGGACCAGACGGAGGAGUGUGUGGACGAAAGGGGUGUGGGGCAAACAAAGAUGAUGCCAACUUGGAUGUAGGUGCCAAGGGAAAUGUUAAGGAGGGGUUUGGAGAAGUGGCUGAGGAGGAGAGUGUGGAGCUCGUGGCGGAAGUUGGAAGAGAUGAAAGAGACAAAAAGGGACUUAGCAUUGAAGCAUUUGCGGUGGAAGAGGAUGGGAGGGAGGAUGGAGAGAAUCAUGGGGAGGUGCAGAAUGGAGGUGGCACGUGGAUUUAG